UCCUUCCCAUUUCACUGCCUCGCAUCUCUCUGAAACUCUCUCUGCCCAUCUCCUCUCCACGCUCCUGUUUCUCUCCUUUGUUGUCUUCUCCCUAAAUCUUCGGAGACAGCGAAAAUGGUGAAGAUCUGUUGCAUUGGAGCAGGGUAUGUCGGUGGGCCGACCAUGGCGGUCAUUGCAUUGAAAUGUCCAGACAUCGAAGUGGCGGUCGUGGAUAUCUCUGUACCCCGUAUCAAUGCGUGGAACAGCGACCAGCUUCCCAUAUACGAGCCAGGUCUUGAUGACGUUGUCAAGCAGUGUCGUGGGAGGAACCUUUUCUUCAGCACUGACGUUGAGAAACACGUGAGGGAAGCCGACAUUGUCUUCGUCUCUGUCAACACCCCGACCAAGACGAGGGGUCUUGGUGCUGGCAAAGCUGCGGACCUCACGUACUGGGAGAGCGCUGCCCGCAUGAUCGCUGAUGUGUCUGAAUCUGACAAGAUUGUGGUCGAGAAGUCGACAGUCCCUGUCAAAACGGCUGAAGCCAUUGAGAAGAUCCUGACCCACAACAGCAAAGGCAUCAAAUUCCAGAUUCUGUCGAACCCCGAGUUUCUCGCGGAAGGAACCGCAAUCCAGGACCUUUUCAAACCGGAUCGUGUCCUCAUCGGAGGUCGGGAAACUCCGGAAGGGCUGAAAGCCGUCCAAGCUUUGAAGGCUGUCUACGCUCACUGGGUCCCCGAAGACUGUAUCCUCACCACAAACCUGUGGUCGGCCGAGGUUUCCAAGCUGGCGGCUAACGCCUUCUUGGCCCAGAGGAUUUCAUCGGUCAACGCCAUGUCGGCACUAUGCGAGGCCACUGGUGCCGAUGUCACCGAAGUGUCUUACGCGGUCGGUAAGGACUCGAGGAUCGGUCCCAAAUUCUUGAACGCCAGUGUCGGGUUUGGAGGUUCGUGCUUCCAGAAGGACAUUCUGAACCUGGUCUACAUCUGCGAGUGCAACGGGCUGCCCGAGGUAGCGGAAUACUGGAAACAAGUCAUCAAGAUCAACGAUUACCAGAAGAGCAGGUUCGUGAACAGGGUGGUCUCGUCCAUGUUCAACACGGUCUCCAACAAGAAGAUCGCGGUCCUAGGGUUCGCCUUCAAGAAAGACACGGGCGACACCCGAGAGACCCCGGCCAUCGACGUGUGCAAGGGUCUGUUGGGAGAUAAAGCGCGUCUGAGCAUAUACGACCCGCAGGUGACGGAGGACCAGAUCCAGAGGGACCUGACCAUGAACAAGUUCGACUGGGACCACCCGCUCCACUUGCAGCCGAUGAGCCCAACCACUGUGAAACAAGUGGCCGUCACCUGGGACGCGUACGAGGCCACCAAGGACGCGCAUGGCGUGUGCAUCUUGACAGAGUGGGACGAGUUCAAGACGCUCGACUACCAGAGGAUCUUCGACAAUAUGCAGAAACCGGCGUUCGUGUUCGACGGAAGGAACGUGGUGAACGCGGACAAGCUGAGAGAGAUCGGCUUCAUCGUUUACUCCAUCGGCAAGCCAUUGGAUGCAUGGCUCAAGGACAUGCCUGCUGUGGCCUAAGGAUCCAUGGCGGUGGAUCUUCAGAAUUUGAAGAAAGGGUGAGGACGAGGAUUUUUUUUUUAUAUAUCUUUUUCUGCUUUUUUUUUUUUACAUGUUCGUAUAAGAUUUUUAUUACCCAUUACGAUAUUUCGAGACCUUGUGUUUACAUUUUUUUUAAUUACAAUGUGGUGCAAUAAUCUUUCUUAUGUUAUGUUUGUGAUCAUGGCUGUGUGUUUUGUCCGUGAAAGAACUAAAUAAAAAGAAUUCAGAUCCUCU